CCUUCGAGAUGUGUUUUCUACUUGCUGUGAACACUGCCUUUGUGCCAGCUGCUAGGAUGCUAUUUUUUAUGGCCCUGGCAUGCGCCAGUCCUUUUUUAGAAUUUCGAGAGGAAAGUCCAAAAAUAAUUAAUGUGGCCAUAAUUUUCAGUGGCACCUCCUAUCCACCUGAGAGUGCUCGCUUUGCCCCUACUGCAUUUCGCAACUUUACUAUGGAGGUGAAUCCAAUAUCUGUAAUUCUUAAUGACACAAACCCUCGGAGCCUUAUCCUUCAGAUCUGUGAUGUCCUCUCCAGCCUUCGAAUUCAUGGGGUUGUCUUUGAAGAUGACACAAGAACGGAGUCUGUAGCCCAAAUACUUGAUUUCAUCUCUGCACAAACAGCAAUGCCCAUCAUUGGCAUUAAUGGAGGUUCUGCAAUUGUCUUGACACCCAAGGAAAAAGGAUCUACCUUUCUUCAGCUUGGUGCCUCUACUGAGCAGCAACUACAAGUCAUCUUUGAAGUCUUAGAGGAAUAUGAUUGGACAGCUUUUGCAGUGAUAACAACAUUGUUCCCUGGCUAUGAGGACUUUGUGGAUUACAUUGAAUUGCUCACAGACAGCAGUUUUAUUGGUUGGGAGCACCGCGGUGUCCUAACGCUCAAUCUAACAGAUGAUCCCAGUGGUGUCAAACUUAGAAGACAGUUGAGAGAAAUAACGGUUCAAGUGCGUCUGCUUUACUGUUCUAGGGAAGAAGCUGAUGGUGUCUUCAAAGCGGCUCGUGAGGCAGGCCUGACUGGACCAGGCUAUAUCUGGUUCAUGGUGGGAACCAAUUUAGGUGGCACAGAUUACAUGCCAGAGCAUCUUCCUGUUGGACUUUUCACAGUAUUAUCCGCUGGAUGGAAAGAUGACCUCCACCGCAGAGUGCAGAAUGGAGUUGCAAUAAUAGCAAAGGGAGCUGAAGCUUUGUACAAGGACUAUGGAUUUAUACCAGAAUUCAACAAUGAUUGUAGAGCACCCAAUAUCACACACAUGAAUGAGAACCUGCACAGAUAUUUUAUGAACAUCUCCUGGGGAGGAAAGGACUUCUCAUUUAAUGAAGAUGGCUACCUCAUCAAUCCUGCACUUGUGGUGAUUGCUCUCAACAAGGAGAGGAGCUGGGAGGUGGUUGGAAUCUGGGAACAUGGAGAUUUGCGGAUGAAAUACCCAGUGUGGUCUCGAUACGGCAAGUUUUUGCAGCCUGUUGAUGAUGACCAGCACCUGACAGUGGCUACGCUAGAAGAGCGCCCUUUUGUUAUUGUUGAAAGUGUUGAUCCGGCAACUGGAACGUGCAUCCGAGACUCUGUGCCUUGCCGUAAACAACUUAACAAAACUGACAACCACUUGACUGACCCUAUCAUUUUUGUCAAGCAAUGUUGUAAGGGUUUCUGCAUUGAUAUUCUUAAGCGUCUUGCAAAAACCAUUGGAUUUACCUACGAUCUCUAUCUAGUGACUAAUGGAAAGCAUGGCAAGAAGAUUGAAGGUGUAUGGAAUGGCAUGAUUGGGGAGGUGUUUUACCAGAGGGCAGAUAUGGCCAUUGGCUCACUGACCAUAAAUGAAGAGCGAUCAGAGAUCAUUGACUUCUCAGUGCCAUUUGUGGAGACAGGAAUCAGUGUAAUGGUAUCUAGGAGCAAUGGGACGGUUUCUCCAUCUGCCUUUCUAGAACCGUACAGUCCGGCUGUCUGGGUCAUGAUGUUUGUCAUGUGUCUUACCGUGGUUGCUGUGACUGUUUUCAUCUUUGAGUAUUUCAGCCCUGUUGGAUAUAACCGAAGCCUGGAAUCAGGAAAGCGUCCUGGUGGCUCCAAGUUUACAAUUGGGAAGUCCAUCUGGCUGCUAUGGGCUUUGGUUUUUAACAACUCGGUUCCAGUAGAAAACCCCAAAGGCACCACUAGCAAAAUUAUGGUACUCAUCUGGGCAUUCUUUGCUGUUAUUUUCCUGGCUAGCUACACUGCCAACCUGGCUGCCUUCAUGAUCCAAGAGGAGUAUGUCGAUACAGUGUCUGGACUCAGUGAUAAAAAAUUCCAGAGACCCCACGAACAAUAUCCUCCACUGAAGUUUGGGACUGUACCUAAUGGCAGCACUGAGAAGAACAUUCGUAGCAAUUACCCAGACAUGCAUGCAUACAUGAUAAAAUAUAACCAGCGACAUGUGGAGGAUGCCCUGCAAAAUCUUAAAACUGGGAAACUGGAUGCUUUCAUUUAUGAUGCAGCUGUUCUCAACUACAUGGCUCGAAAAGAUGAAGGCUGUAAACUGGUUACUAUCGGCAGUGGGAAGGUGUUUGCUACCACAGGCUAUGGAAUUGCCCUUCAAAAAGGUUCCAAGUGGAAACGGCCCAUUGACCUCGCACUGUUACAAUUUCUAGGAGACGAUGAGAUUGAGAUGCUGGAAAGACUAUGGUUGUCUGGCAUUUGCCACAAUGACAAGAUAGAGGUGAUGAGCAGCAAACUAGAUAUUGACAAUAUGGCUGGAGUGUUCUACAUGCUGCUUGUAGCUAUGGGUUUGAGUCUUCUAGUGUUUGCAUGGGAACAUCUGAUAUACUGGAAGCUACGUCACUGCAUGAGACAUUCUGGGAAGCUGGAUUUCUUGUUGGCAUUCAGCCGGGGUAUGUAUAGUUGUUGCAGUGCUGAAGAUCCCAAGAUUACAGACCAGCCACUUCCUACUUUAAAUCAUUGCUAUCCACCACAACGAAUACCAGCCUUGUCGAACCCUAUAAUCCCACCUCCACUACCCACAGCUCCUUUACCUUGUUCUAACUUUCUGCCUCGAGAAAGACGCAUUGUGGAGAGGUGGCGUCAUGCUCGAAGUCCUAACUGUUACAAAGAUAUAUACACUCCAACUCGUGCUGUGCAUGAGCCAAACAACAAAGUUGCUCCUCCCCGACAUCCUCAUAAGAACACAUUUUCUGAUGGCUUUCACCGUUAUUAUGGCCCCAUUGAACCAGAAGGGUUGUCAGAUCAUCUGGUUGAAUCUGGGCAAGCAUUUGGAAAAGAUAAGAAGAUAGGGCCUUGUCAAAUGUCACCUCAAUCUCAAAGAGAACACUUUUUGGAAAAUCCACCCUCCUAUUUUGCCAUAGUUCGUGAAAAGGAUACUCCAGAGCCACCAGGCUGGCAGUCAAAGGUUUCUAGAGGACUUUAUGAGAAUUACCAGUCUGGAAAAGAUAGGACACCAAAGCCAACUAGUGGAGCACGAGGGUCUCGUACACCUGAAACAACAGUAAAAAAGUUUGAUCAUUUGGGAAGCAGUUAUCAGUCAAAGACUACAUGUGAGGUUGAUUGUGAUGUUUACAGUGGUGGAGCCCCGAACAGCAGUACCAACCGACAAAACAAGGGCAGUGUGGAUGUUUUUGAUGCACCACACUAUGCUGGACACACAAGAUUCACCUAUGAAGAUGAACGAAGUUGUGGAAGGGACUGCCAACAUCGUCGUGAUGAGAUUGACAUGGAAUCCCAGCCCCUACUGCACAAGAAGUCAAACCGGUCUCAUAUGUGCCGAAGCCAUUCCCAUCCUCUUGUAAUGAAUGCAGGUCAAAGUAAAUAUGCUGAUCUUUCAGAUUCUGAUUCAGAUGUGUGUGAAAGAGAGCCCCCAUGUGUCAAAUCAGAAAUGGGCCACAACUGCUGGUACUCUCCAAAUUACUUCUGUACAUAUCCUUCUAGGGAACGCCCGGCACAAUCAGCACCACACAAACCAAUGCGAUACUGGUCUGUAGAUAAACUGGGAAAAUACCAUCAGUUAAGCAAAGAAUACCUUCCAGCCACAUGUCAUGGCUCUUGUUAUUGCAGUAGCUUGGAAAUGCUGCCACCUCAUUGCCACAAAGAACCAAGAUUUUUCAGUUGCUCAGAUGAAAAGCUUGAAAGGCGAUUAGACUGGGAGCACCUACGUGGUGGCCAUUGUUCCUACCCACACCACCAUCAUCACUCCUGUGACUUAGCCCCCAUUCAUCCCACUUCCCGCAGUCUAGAAGACCUCAGCCGAUGCCACUUGAGAUGUCACAGACACAUCUUCUCACCAGAAUGUCAACCUAGGUCACGUCACAGUGGAAACCUUUAUAAAAGAAGAGGAUCUGCACAUUUCUCGAGCCUGGAAUCGGAGGUAUGACCAGAAGAACACCCAACUUAUGCCAAGACCACACAUGUUAAGGGUUGGGAGAUUUUAUCCUAUCUACUAUAUACUUUGAAACCAAAACUUUCAGUCACCAUUUGGAAUGACUGCUCUCUAAUGUUGGCCAUCAUGUUUGACUUCAAGCUUAAACUACCAGUUUUCCUACUAAAAUACAGAUUUUCUGUUAUAUAGUUAUGUUAUUACAGCUUUGCAUUAACUGUAAAUAAUUUGAGAUGACAUUAAACUUAAAUGCUACUGGCUGGACCAGCAGAAGGACACAAUAUCAAGUGAUGGAAAGAGCCACAGCUUAAGAACUAGAAGAAUCACAAAUUGAGCCCUAACUAAUGUUACAGCAGGUUGGGAGUUGGAAUCAAUAAUUUUGCAAAGAUCCUCUUCAAUGAUACAGAAGUUGUAAAGUUAUUGACGUAGUUACUAGCAACUGUUGGAGGGACAUUACAUGUGCUUAAGCUCUGAUAUGUAAACACUAGAGGCAUGAGAGGUGAAGAGUAACUAAGAAGUAGAUUUAUGGACAUUAUUUUUUCAUCCCUCUCCUCUUCUGAUUUUACUGUUGAGGAUAUGUUAAGGGCUUAUCUAGUUGUUUAUACCACUUUUAAGCACACUGCAAUAGAUACAUACAUAGA